AUGGGUUUACCACCACCGAAAAUGGGUUCCAACGACCUUCUUGCCGAAGCACAACAGCUCAUCAAGAAAAAGGACGACAUUGAGGCACAAUUACGUGAACUUGAAGAGAGUCUCCGCAUUCAAGGCGUGGGUAUGGAUCAACCUCUUGUUGAUGCGGGUGGGUUUCCACGAUCGGAUAUCGACGUUGUUGCUGCACGUACCUCUCGUAAUCUCAUUCAUCGACUACGAAACGACCACAAGGAUAUCAUGAAGGAGAUUGAACAAGCCUUGCAUGCAAUACAUCAAGCAAGUCGAGAAGAAAAGGAAAAGGCAGCAGGCACCACCACCACCACCACCACCACCACCACCACAUCAUCAUCAUCAUCAAGUCAACAAGCGUCAUCUACUACAACUCCAUCACUUGUACCUUUUGCACGUGUCAAUGCCGUUGCACCUGAUUCUCCAGCCUAUGAAGCAGGGUUACGUCGUGAAGACAAGCUUAUCAAAUUUGGAUCUAUCCAUGCAGCCAACCAUGAUCGAUUACAAGCAUUGAACCAAUUGGUGGGCCGUAGUGAAGGCAUUCCUAUCCCUGUCAUUAUUUCACGAGGUCAAGACAACCAACAACAAUCAUUGACGUUAACACCACGACAAGGAUGGGGUGGACGAGGAACAUUAGGAUGUCAUAUUGUACCAUUAUAA